UCCUUGCUUCCUAUUUAUCUUGUUGAUACUGAUUUUCUUGUCUUCUUCACUCUCGACUGGGAGAAACAAAACCUUUUCAAAACCUUGGACAAUGUCGAUGUUAAUGGCUGCCAAAUCCACUUCACUCUGCUACUCAAACCCUUCUAUCUCGUCCAGAACCAAGCAAAACCCACGCGUCGUCAGAUAUGCUUAUCCGACGGUGAGAAUGCAGUCGCGUGUUCACCGUCUGAUCGAAGAGCAAGGAGCGGUGCUCGUUCCCGGAGUCUACGACGCAUUGUCGGCGGCUAUCGUGCAGCAGACCGGAUUCUCCGCCGCGCUGAUCUCCGGUUACGCUCUCUCCGCCUCUAUUUUGGGAAAACCGGAUUUCGGUUUGAUAACACCGCCGGAGAUGGCAGCAGCAGCUAGAUCGGUUUGUUCCGCUGCUCCAGGCAUACCCAUCCUUGCAGAUGCAGAUACUGGUGGAGGCAAUGCACUCAAUGUUCAAAGAACCGUGAAGGACUUAAUCGCAGCUGGUGCUGCUGGUUGCUUCCUUGAGGACCAGGCAUGGCCAAAGAGGUGUGGGCAUAUGCGUGGAAAAGAGGUCAUACCUGCAGAGGAGCACGCUGCUAAAAUAGCAUCAGCCAGAGACGCCAUUGGAGAUUCUGACUUUUUCCUCAUCGCUAGGACUGAUGCGCGUGCUCUGUCUGCAAAGACAGGACUUUCAGACGCCAUUGACCGUGCUAAUCUCUACAUGGAGGCAGGAGCUGAUGCUUCCUUUGUUGAGGCACCAAGAGACGAUGAUGAGCUUAAGGAAAUCGGAAAACGCACAAAAGGUUACAGACUCUGUAACAUGCUCGAAGGUGGACGCACGCCAUUGCACACACCUGAUGAGCUUAAAGAAAUGGGCUUUCAUUUGAUCGCUCACCCGCUUACCUCGCUCUACGCAUCAACUCGAGCUCUUGUGGACGUCCUCAACAUCCUCAAGGAAAAGGGAACCACCAAAGAUCAUUUGGAAAAGAUGAUUACUUUCGAGGAGUUUAAUCGUUUGGUGAACUUGGGUGAAUGGUAUGAGCUCGAAACUAAGUACUCUAACCUCAGAAACGCUCUUGGCACGCACAACUAAACCAUGAGAUGUGUGUGUGUGUGUGUGUUUAUCAAUAAUGUUAUCUUCUUCUUUUUUCACUUGCUAUGUAAUAACAUUAUGCUUUAUGCUGUUAGCAUAUUUUAAUAGGACUUAAUGCCAACUUCUUCUAAGAA